AUGCAUCUAACAUUUCUAUUAGUUCCUCCGGCGCUGUCGAUCGGAAAUGUGGGCCAGCUCGCCGUGGAUCUUUUAGUGGCGUCGUCGAAGGCGGACAGAGUCGGGUUUCUGGAUAGUCCGUAUGUUCUUCCUUGUGUUGGCAACGAUGCAUAUGGGCCUGUUCCUCAAGGCCAACUUGCUCUUCCUCUUGAAGCUUAUGAAUCGGCUUCUAAUGGGAUAGCUUUAAUCCAGCAAAGGUCACCUGUUGUUAAGGGUAGGAUGAUUGAGUUUGCCAAGAAGUUGGCAGAUUAUGUUGCUGCCAGUGGAAAGAAGCAUGUGAUUGUGCUUUCGAGCUUGGAUUUCGGUAGGUGUCAGAGAAUUGAUAUGUCAACUGGUUCGCAGAUGCAUUACCUAUCUAGCACCGAUUCUGAUGGAACAGAUGAUUACUGCGAAUGGCUUGGGUGGAAAAGACUGCCGGAUUAUAACCCCAACCAGAGGUCUUGGAAGUAUCUUAGCACAUUAGCUGAAGGCAAUGCCAUGCUGGAGGAUAGCUUGCCCUUUGAAGGUGAACUGGAAGAAGAGGAGUAUUACUACCCAAGCUUGCCGUUUGCAGCUCUUUUUUCUUGCUUCAAGGCAAAAGCACUGAAGGUUACCUGCUUAUUAUGCUACUGUUCAGAAGGAGACAAUACACCUGAUGCUUUCCAUUUGGCUGAAGCAGCAUGUAAACUCCUUGGCAGGAGUCCCAGUGAUUUACAUGGCAACAAUAAUGACAAUUGGUUUAUUCCAAUUUCUUGGAAGACUGUGUAUGGACCACCUGCAGAUAUGUCUCUCUUUUAAGCAGGGAAUAGGAUUCCUCGGAUCUCAGGUAAGUAUGCAGGGUUGAGUACCUAUUACCUGAUUUACCUCCUUUGAGCUUCUUAGCCCGACUGGUUCUAUCCGAAGAUCUUUUUAACUCAUUCUAAUCUAAUUUAUCUUAUUACUGUUUUAGAAGCCAAUCAAGGCAUACUUGUGGAAUGUCUAAAGUCCAAUUUU